AUGGCUAUGCCCAAGUCAAAAUACCUCAGUCCAGUCUGGAAGGACGGCAUCUUUGCCGACCGAGUUGUCUUUGUCACUGGCGGUGCUGGCGAUAUCUGCAGUGCUCAGACCCGGGCGCUCGUCCAUCUCGGUGCCAACGCCUGCAUCAUCGGCCGCAACCCUACAAAGACCGAGGCUGCUGCCAAAGAGAUCGCCAAGGUUCGAAGUGGCGCCAAGGUCAUUGGCAUCGGCAACGUCGAUGUCAGAAAGUUUGAGAGCCUCAAGGCCGCGGCCGACCGCUGUGUUGCCGAGCUGGGUGCGAUUGAUUUCGUCAUUGCCGGCGCGGCCGGCAACUUCAUCGCGCCCCUAUCGGCGCUGACCCCCAACGGCUUCAAGACAGUCAUCGACAUCGACACCAUCGGCACGUACAACACGGUCAAGGCUACGAUCGACCACCUCGUCCAGUCAGCGAGCCGCAACAAGGACUCUGCCGAGACGGGGCUGACCGGCGGCCGCAUCCUCUACGUCUCAGCCACCUUCCACUACACGGGCCUGCCGCUGCAGGCCCACGUCGCCGCGGCAAAGGCCGGCGUAGACGCCAUCAUGGCCUCUGUCGCCCUCGAGUACGGCCCCCUCGGGAUCAGCUCCAACGUCAUCGCGCCCGGCGCCAUCGAGGGCACCGAGGGCAUGGAGCGCCUCGGAAGCAAGGCGGUCGACUCCAAGCUGCUGGCCAAGAGCUUCCCCAGCGGCCGUAUGGGCCGUGUGAGGGACAUUGCCGAUGCGACGGUCUACCUCUUCAGCGACGCUGGCAGCUACGUCAACGGCCAUGCCUUGAUCGUGGAUGGGGCGGCGUGGCGGCGGCAGGGCGGGAACUCUGUCGGUUUGGAUCCCGGCAUGGAAUACCCAAACUUCCUCAUCGACGGCGUGUUCUCUGCCAACGUGAAGAGCGGCAGGAAGGAGAAGGGCAAGCUGUAG